AUGAUUGAGGCCGACCACUCCCUCACGGCCACGGAGAUCUACCGAGGCAAGACCCGACACCAGCCGCCGCCGCCCGGACCGCCCCGACCCCAGCCCGUCCCGAUCAAGACCCUCAUCUUCGAGGACCACAUGAAGAACGGCUUCGACCGCUCCAAGCAGCUCACCGCCGCCUGCACCCCGUCGACCAAGAUGUCGGGACUCUGGGAGGCUCGCGGGUACCAAGGAUCCAUGAUCAUGCUCAUGUUCAUGGUCCGAUGGCGACUCGGUGCUCUCCCAGGCCACUUCAGAUUUGGCUACCGCAAGUGCAAGAACCUGGCUCGACACGGAUCCGGGAUCGACUUGACCAGGACCCACGCACAGCAGUGUGUGGAUCCGCAUCAAGUCCUGGUCCGCAAGGUCGCAGCCCUCAAGACGGCCCACCCGACUUGGGUGGAAAGUGAGUCCAAAGGGGACUCAACGGCAAAAGAAGAAGUGAGCUCGAAGUGA